AACCCAUACUUUAGUUGCAGACUUUGCUACUCGAGUAAUAUAGUUUAUCAAGAUGAUUAAAAACAACUUCUUUGAAAUAUCAUAUUUUUGAGCUAAAAUAAUUUUUUCUUUUACAAAGUUUUUUAUGUGAGUUUUUAUAUGUUAUAAUUCGAAGUUAUAAUUGAAAAUGGUUCGUGUUACUACACACGUGAGUUCAGUGCAGCAUGCAGAUGUUAUUUGAUGCUCAUGUUGUUAUAUAGAGGUGUUCUUACAACUGAGUUAUUCUUGAUAAAAGAAAGAAUAAAACUAUAAAUGAUCUGAUUGUAUCCAUGUUCUGUCUUAGAAUUUCUAUGUUGGAAAAUCAUAUCUGAAUUUGAUUCAGAAGGAUGAUGUACAAUCUUAUCUGGCAUUCUUAGUGACUCUACGCAUCAGUUUCUUUUUGGAGAAUAAUGGAAGUUGAUCUUGAUGAUAACUUUGAACAAAAUGUCACACUAAAAUUACGUAAGAAUCGUAGAAUUGAUAAUAGAUGGGGAUCCCAGUAUUUUGUAGCUGUACAUGAUACAGUGUUUGGUUUGCAACAUUUACCUUAUAUGCCAAUGGAACCACCAGCAUCUUUAAGUGAAGAAAUUGUAGAGUCUGAUCCACUAUAUGUGUGUAAACAGUGUAAAGAUUGUUUUCGUUUUCAAAGUAGCUAUGAGGAUCACAACAAACGACGUAGUUGGAUCUUAGGAUUGUGGUGUUACAAUUGUUUUGUAACUAAAUGCACUCACAUGACACAAGCAGGAUCUAAAUGUCUUUUAUGCAGAAAACAAGACAUUGAUAAACGCUCAUAUUUACGAACAAGAGGUUUAACUAGGAAGAAUCAAAAGUUAGGAGCUAUAAAGGUAUUCUAUAAUCAGUGUCAAUUUUUCGAACAUAUGAAGAUGCAUAAUUUAAGUAUAGUAGAUAUGGGUGAUAUAAUGUUGAUGCCCUUACCUACUAAGAUCAGUAAUGAUGACUGGUCUCUUGAACUUGAAAUAGUAUGUGAAGCACUUAUGGAACGUACAUUUUUAUUACGUAUGCAUAUUAUGGAUUGGUUAAGAUUGCAUAAUGUGGAAGAUAAAUGGUGGAAGUUAGUUAAUGGCAAAAUUAAUAACAGUUUGAUAGAAAAAAUUGUUGAAGGUUAUCAAGGUCGACAAUUAUUUAAAACUCUUGAUAAAUCAACAAUAAAUCAGUCUGUGAAGUUUCCUGAUAACAAAAAUAAAGAUACAAAUAGCCAUUCUGCUAAUACAAUCUCAGAUAAGAAUAUGACAGAAAAUGAAGACAAUCCUUGUAUGUCAACUGAUAUUACUUUUGUAGAUUGUGGUCCUACUUCACAAUAUUUUGAACCAGAAUCAUCAGUAAGUUAUGUACCAAGAAAGCAUAACAGUUAUGAAAGCAUGACAGUUACGAAAUCAAUACAAAAUGCCAAAAAACCCUUAGCCAAUAUUAAAAAGAAUAGUAAAAGAAAAAAUGCAUCUUUUAAAAACCUCAAUUUAUUUGAAACAAAUAUGACUUCUGAAAAUACCGCCACUAACAAAACACAAUCAUUGAAAAGUUACAAAAUACAGACACACAAAAUCAUAAGGAAUAUUACUGAAAAGCUUGUAGUAAAGACUGGUUUCAGUAAAACUAUGAACAAUACUACUAAGGUUAGUGUACCGCUUUCCGCCAAUAGGAUUAUAUUGCCUAAAAUUAAUAUAGAUCCUUUGAAACAAGAUCUUCGGACAUCGAUAAUGAAUAGUAAUUCCAAGGUAUUGACCAUUCAAACUCCAAAGGAUGCGGAUAUUACAUCAAUAAUUAAUCAACUUCCACCUCAUCUUAUUUCCAAUAAGAAACUGGUUGUUAUGAAACAGGAUUCGAAUAAUGUAAUUGUUGAGAUGGGUACUGUGAAAGAAACAAACAAAUCGAUAUUGGAUAAUAGUACAGACAGCACGUCAUCACAAACAAAAAUAUGUGAUUCCAUUGAUAUCAAAAAGCAACAGGUGGCCGAUAAGAUUAUAAUAAAAAAUGGAAAGAAGUAUCUCAUUAAACAUUCGAGAAGUGGUACAGAGAAUUCAGAAAAUUCGUCCAAUUUGUCAGCUGAGAGUAAUACUUUAAAAAUUGUGAAAGGCACAACAUCUGAACAUAGUACUUCAACAUCAAUGAAUAAUUUGGACACAGUUCAAAAUAUUAACGUGGGACAUAGGCUUUCACUACAGAGUGAUAUAUCCUUUAUAAAUUUUACGUCAUUCUCCUCCGAGAUGCCCAGUAGUUCUAAAUGCAACUCGUCUGUUAAGAAAUCUUUAAAUACAUCAAAUUUGCGAAAGGUACCUCCGCAUUUAAUUUCGAUAUCUUCUGAAAAACCGGCCGAGGAAUUCCUGUUUGAAACAAUAUCUAUAAUUCCCAAAAAAGAUAAUCUUUUUAUGCAGAUAAAAAUAGUGGAUCGUCUUACGCAAAAUAACUAUCGAGAUAAUUAUGGAAUAGUACUCAAAUAUAGAGACGACAUGAUCAAUGAAUUUCAGCGGCUAGAUAGUUUUGAAUUGAAAAAACGGAUUGAACAUUUGCAGCAUAUUAGUGAGGAAAUUAAGAAAGUUUUAAAUUUUGUGUCAAGCAUAUGUCUCAAGGAAAAAUUAAGGGCUGUCAAUACUAUCAAGCAUACAUUAGAAAGAUGUCUUGAUAAAUGCAAGGAAGAUAUCAGAAAAAAGAAGAACGAUGACUGGCUAUUAAACGACUGGGAAUCAAAAGUAAUGAAGACAUUACUAUGCUCACAGUGUAAUAAAUUCAUGAAACCUAAAUCAUAUGUUCCUGGAUUUUCGAAAUUGAUCGAAGAUGAUGAUAAAUACUGUCUUUGUUAUAAAGAAGUUUGUGGCGAAUGCCUGUCUUACCAAGAAACCCAAUCACAGUUAAUUGCACAUCAAAACUUACAUAAGAAGAGGAAACCUUACAUUUGUCCUGAUUGUCAUGUUAGCUUCAGCUCUAGUAAAUCGUUGGAAAUUCAUUUAUGGACUGUUUGCUUUCACAAAUUAAAGAAGCGUAUGUUUUGUUGCAAAAUUUGUCAAAUAGAUGGCUUUAGGGAUAUGGAAUCGAUUACUAGACACUUUGUCAUUAUGCAUAGCUAUACGUAUGUCGGUUGCGGAGAUUGUUUACAGAUAUUUCGUUCGUCCGAUGAAUAUAUACAACAUUGUACGGAGGCACACCCUUCGUUAAACUCAAAGCGAAAUCCAGUACGACUAGUGAUAUGCAAAUUAGGCGAUUUCGCCGUGCGUCAUGAGAAUUACAUGGCAUACUUGAAAAUGCAUCCUGGAAUUAAAACAAUAUUAUGGUUUAAAUGUCCCUUCUGUCCGUUAGUGACUUUAAAACACAAACAUUUGACGGCAGUAUUAAUUUCUCAUUUGCGCAGCAAGCACUUAUAUUCUUUGUCGAAGCUGUAUAGUAUGGAAAUAUUGCAUGAUAUGUUCGGCCCAGAAGUUUUAACAUCUAAGUUAAAUACGGUUGUCACAGGCGCAGAAUCUCCAAUUAAAAUGCCAUGCAGAUACAUGGAUGAUACUUUAAUACCAAAAAUUGUAAAUACUCGGACUAUUUCAUCAGAAAUAUUUGAACGUGGCUCACAAAAUACAGAAGACACAGGGAUUAUACAUUUUGAUCAGCAUGCCGAUGUAAAGCCAAUAACGGAAAAAGCUGAUGAUGAAGAAAAAGUAGAAUCCUAUAAGUUGCCAAAAAUUUUAGAUAUUAGAUCAAUGGCUGAUUUAGAGCCAUCGAUAGCUAAGCAGAUAGAAACGGAAGAGAGUUCUCAAUCUUCUCAAAUAAAAAUAAUUAAAAUUGAAGCUGAAAAGGAGGAUCCUUUAACAUAUAAGGAAAAAUCAACCACGGAAUUAAAUGAUAGUAAAUCUAAUUACAAAGAAGAGACAGAAAAGACAAAAGAGUCCGAAAGUAACAGCAAAUCGAUCUCUUCAUGUGUUUCCGGAUUCGAAAGACCUUUAUUAACAGACACGGAUGAUGCCCGCAUAAACUCGUCAACGGAAUCGGACAAAGGAGUUCCAGAUUCCGAGUCCACAUCCAGAACAAGUACAGAUGGCUGUAUAAAAGUGAUUGAUAUUAGGAAAAUAUGUAAACCGGACAUCGAACCACUUCUAGCCGUCGAACUGUGCGAAACACAAACAAGAAAUAAAAAUGUGAACUACAUGACGUUCAUCCCGAAACCUCCUCCGCUCACGAGGAUGCCACAACAUUUACUUGAAUCCGCGAAAGCCAACGAGCCGGAAGAUCAAUCAAAGAUAUCGGAGAAGUCUCUCGCUCAUAGAACGACUGCUAAACUAAACAACGAUAUACAAGAGAAAGAUAUUGAUUACCUGUGUCAUUCGUGUAACGAACAGAUCAACACUUCGUGGCCCGUGGUGCGGGCACACUUUCGUGAGAAACACUCGCACGAAUACACAUUGACGGCGACAGCCACUCCACAAUUGCUGCGGAUAUCACCUGACUUUAUUAACGGCGGUUACAAGCAAUUUAUCGGUAGCAAGAAACGGAAAGUAGAUAGCGCGUUGUCGAAAAAAAAGCGCCGGUGGACACCGAAGAAACACACAGAAAUAAAAGAGGCGAAUGCGCCUCUAGGAUUGUGCGUGGAACAGGAAACAGCGGAAGAUGGAGAGGGUAACUUCAAAUGCAAGAAGUGCGAUCAACGGUGUACUGAUAUGGCCAAUUUGCGAGAGCAUAUUGCUGCCAAUCAUCGAUUGAAAGGUCGGUAUCUCAUAUGCUUGGAAUGUGGCGAGAACUUUGUGGUUGCACCCAGCUUGCAGAUGCAUCUUAAAGCUUUUCACGGAAUAGAAGAUCCUAUCAAUUAUAUGAGUCAAAAUCCUUCUUACGCUCUUGGCGUUGAUAGCGAUUCAGAAGCAGAAGGGAGAACGACGGUGGCUAAUCAGUGCCACGUCUGUAUGGCAGUUUUUGAGGAUAAAGCUGCAGUGGAUAAGCACUUGAGAGUACACGGUAUGGCUUUUUUAAAUCGUAAGCGAAUAGAAGCGAGAAACGCCAUGAAGAGUCCGGAAAAAAAAAUCAGCAGCGAGGAGGAUAAACAAAGUACUAUUAAAGAUAAUCCAAAAAAACCAUAAAACCGGCAGAAACAAUCCUAGAAAACUAAACGCAGCAAUAUAAUUGUAGAGGAUCAAAUGUAUAAAGAAAUAUAGCGUUGUAUUAUAACGUUACUUAGAUAUAUUAUUUUGAUAUAAUUGCAGGAGCGAUCUUUUAUUUAGCAGGAAUAUUAUUAUCAGAAAAUAUUGAUCUAUUGAUUAUUAAUUGAUUUUAUCUUAUUACAUACACUACCGGCCAAAGUGUGGACGCAUUUCGCAUUUUUUACAUCUUAUACAUCUUUACAUUUUUUAAAAACGAUUUAGGCAUUGCUAGUAUGAUGUCCGCGCAAUAGAAUAACAAUAAGACUUUUUUUUAAAUAUAUUACAUGUAACUGGAGAGAAGCCGAGAUUGAUUGCAUUAAUCAAUAAUCUUUAUUUAUUGAUUUAUCUGUUAUCCGUGAUGCGUUCAAAUUUUUGAUCGGUAGUCAUAUCUAGUAAUAAUCUUGAUUGAUUUAUUAUUUUUUCAUUUUUAAUACAUACAUGUAUAUAGAUCAUGUAUGUAUA